AUGUUUGAAUCGUCGAGGGUGUUGUUUGGGGUAAUUUUGUUGUACUGUAAAGAUGUAAGUGGUGGAAUGCCAAUGGGGCUGGGUGCGUACUCGUCCGGUGGAAAGAUGUUGGGGUUCGGUGGGAUGGGGGGUAUGAAAGGUAUGGGCGGUAUGGGUGGUAUGGGGGGCAUGGGUGGCAUGGGUGGCAUGGGAGGAAUGGGUUAUGGCGGUUUUGAAGGUGGGAUAAAACUAUUAGGCGGUAUGGACGAAAGCAGUAGCAGUUUCGGCGAAGGUAAAAAAGCUUUCGAUGACAUAUUCUUCAAGAAAGGAUUUGGUAGCCAAGGAGGACAAUUUGGGAUGGGUCAAUCAGGAUUUUCGAAAGGGGAUGGAUUAAUGAAAAACAUCAAGGGUGAUUUGGGGUUUUACAGCGGAGCCCAAGGCGGAAAAAACAUUUUUUCCGACGGCAAAGGUUUCAUCUAUUUUUUAUUAGGGAAUAAUGCCGGAGAAGCUAACGCUAAAAAAGGGCAUAAAAACGGAAGAACUGUGAAAGGAUUCCACACCCAACAUGAAUCCAACGAAGCAAGUAACACUGAGGAGGUAUAUGAUGAAGAACACGAUAAAGCCGACAAAAAAGCAAUUAAAAAUGCUGAAGCCGAGGAAUCAUACAAAGGAGAAAAGGGAGAUUCCAAGUUUGAAGCAGAAGAAGGUAAAAAAGAGGGCACGUUCGUAAAUAAGUUGGAGGAAGCUAAAGCAAGUGCAGGUAAUGGAAAAUUUGGUGAAGGCAAAUUUGGAACUGGUGGAACACAAUUUAACGUUAACAAAGGAGGAGAUAUCAAUGGCAAUUCUGGACAUCAUGCUGCUAAUAAAAUGUUUAAGACUUUUAAAGUAUAA